GAGCUCGACGGCCGCAGUGACGGCGGGGAAACCAGAAUUCUGUUGAAGCGCUGUGUCGAUCAAUGUGACAGUGAAGGACAGAGGACGUCAGCCGUAUGGAAGUACCCCUACUAGUACUAGGGCCACAGGCCCACAGCCUGCAGUUUCAGUUUCAUCUUCAGCCUCAGGUUCCAUCGUCACUUGCUUCAGAAUCAUACAAAGUUUCUGCUUAUAAGCGGUGAGCGAUUGCACAAAGACGCCCAACGGAAGUCAGCAUCUGCGAUCCAUUGCUCUGCUCAAAAAGUUCAGUCAUGGGGAGGGGUCAGAUGUCCGGCGGGGGUUCUUCACAAUUGAGUUACCUUUUUGGAGACUCCAAUUCGGAGCAGGCUCCGGCGACCACAAGUAUCAACCCACGGGGAAGAGCCAAAGUUGCCCCGCCAACUCCUCACGACAAGGCUCCUGUGGGCGAUGUGCACUCAAAGAGUCUGCCGGUGGACAGUGUGAAGGAUGCGGCAAACACAUAUCCGGCCCCUGAUGCGGCUUCCCUGCAAACGCUGGGCGGAGGCAACACCCAAAGCAAAACGAGCGUGAACAACUACCACAGGGCAGAUGGACAGAAUGUGAACAACUUCCUCACCGACAGGCCAAGUACAAGGGUCGUCGCCGCACCUGGAGGCAACAGUCAGCUCAAUUUCUUGUUUGGUGGUUGAAGAUACGAUAGCUUCUUAUAAAAACACAUUGCUUUUCAUCUUUGAGAUGGUCUUUUUAUCCUCCUCAACUUCAGAGUAGACUGCCCAAAGAAAUGUUUACUGCCUAACAACUUUCAGAAUUCUCCAGUUAGGAACUGUUUAUCACCACAGGAGUAAAGGUAUAAGGCUACACAAAGUAGUAGACAGACGCACUGUUACUUUUUGUUUCUUACUGCCAACUUGUUGAUGGGCGUUGACGAAUGGAAUUUGCGAUAGGAUUGAAGGAUGACAUCAUGUGCAUGUGAUCAAACCGUUCAGAUGUA